GUUACUAACUGGCGAGAGGUCAGAGGUCAAGUAGUCAAAUUCAAAUUUUUGGUGGGCAGAGCGGAGUUUCUAUUUUGUGAGAUUUUGUGGCGUUUUGGAGCAUAUUUUGGACUGCCAGAUGGCAUUUUUGUGUCCCUUUAGGUUGAGGCCGAAUCAGAGAAAGCCAGGCUACAACAAGAAGUAUGGCUCGGUCAAAGGUCGCAUGGAUGCCAUCGGUGCAAAGCUCCACGGUGACGCACACCUACUGUCUAAUGCAGAGUACCAUGACGAGGUCAUCAAGACACUGGAGGCUGCCACCGACCUGAGAUGCCCCGCAGAUGGAGGUCAAAGGCCAGAGUUCAGACACAGUGGCUCUUCCAUGACCUUUGAGAGGAGAGGUUCUUCUUAUAUUGUUCAUCCCAUUCAGAAUGAACCUCCUAUUCCUAACAAUAGACUGUCCCAAGAAAGACCCAACCUCGCAAUGUCACGACCAUUGGACUCAAACAAGGAGAACAUAGGUCAAGCAAAUGUCAGGUCAAAGGUCAUUCCUACGGAGAGAAAGCUGACCUAUGGCCCUGGUCCAGAGGUUGAACGAGGCAGAAGUUCAUACCUUCAGAUGUUGGAGGAUUUAAUAGAAGAGGGACCAGGGUGCAUGCAGAGUAGAGACAGUGGGGUGGUGUGGAACAGGCAAAAAGGGAACAGACUAUUUACAGAGGAAGAGUUAGGGAGAAGGGUUGGGGAAUCACCUUCCAAAAUAAACAGACUGUCCUAUGCUAUGAUGUUGGAAGGGCAGGAGGAGUGCCGCCCGGCAGUUCAGUCAGGAACUGCAGGUAGAGGCAGGGCGUCUUCCAGAAGCAGCCCGCUCACAGAGGAACAGUUGCAGAGGUUGAGAACGCUGAGGAGAGACCGCAACUCCUACCUCAUCAUGGUGGACGGGCUUCUGGACGAAUCGCGGCGGUCGUCGGUAGCGGCGUCGCAGCGGUGGUCGAUCGCUACCUGCAGCGAAGACUUACAGGAACUACGUUUCGAUAACGAUACCCAACAUGGGUUUGGCAAUGGUGUAGGAAAGCUAGGCAAUAGGAAGAAUAAGCUUUAUGAUAUCAAUGCAAGACGAGGCCGCGCAGACGGUGGCCCAUCUAGUUCUACCUCUCCCGAAUCUAUCACAAGCAGCGAGGGUUCUAAACCCGACAUCCGACGACAACGCCCACGCCGCAAGGUUUCUACAAACUCUAACAGAGGAAUGACGAAGAGUGCGUCAUCGUCAUCUACUAGCACUGCCAGCACAGUUUUCUUAGACGACAAGUAUGCAGCUCCUCCUAGCGGCCAUACAAAAUCUGCAGCUGGUAGGAUAGGACACAGGAUAGUGGCGUCUCCUGGUGAUCAGGGUCCAACUGCAGCCGAGAAGUCACAAGACAGGGCAUCAGUGUCAAGCAUUGGUCAGGCUGCAGUGGACAAGGUGGAAGACAAGGCAGCAGCGCCAUCUAGUGAUUGUAACCAGUAUGGCGAGAGGAGAGGAUCCAUCAGCAGCAUCAGUAGUGCUGUUGCUGUGGUGAGGAGCAUCCAGCUGCUCUCUCCAUCGGAGCAAGCGGAGCAGGGGAGCGACUCCCUUCUCCAGGAGAAAGACUCGGAGGCUCACUCCUUACUCCAAGGGAGCAAUUCCAACACUGGCUCCUUUCUCCAAGGGAGCGACUCAAAGACCAACUCCUUUCUCAAGGAGAGCGACUCCAAGAAUAACUCCCUCCUCACGGGGAGCGACUCCAAGAAUAACUCCUUCCUCCAGACUGAUCUGCCUCCACCGACACCCUUCAGAGACACUCCAGACGUCGUGAAACGUACUGGUAAAAAUAGCCUCGGAGCUGUACCAUUAGUUUAUACAUCUGGAUCAUCAGAAGAAUCUAUGGUUAACAUACAACAGGAAGAGACUGUUGCUGAAACAGCAAAUGAUGUCAGUAGUUUCAUCAUGGAUAUGGUAAACAAUACUGGUACUGGUUUAAGCAACAACAGUGCUAGUAUACAAAACACAAGAGGUGGGUUUGCAGGUAACAGUCACGAGAAUACAACCAGCAAGGCGUCGCUAUGGAGACCGUACUUGACAGGCAGCCAGGAGAGGUCAAAGGUCAACAAGCCCCCGCUGUCUGAUGUCACCAACCUGUUGUGGAGUAACGUGUUGCUGAGAGCGACCCUCGGAGCGUCCGGGGGCGCGACCAAUGAGCAGCAAGGAAGGGUAUCCAAUGGACAGUCUGGGGACAUGUUGGGAGAAUUGACUGGCUCAUCUCCUGUGAUGUCUGACUACGCAUCAAAUGUACAGGGUUCCAGCACCACUAGCCUGGCCCAGUACAGCCUGCUGACCUUGACCCAGGGUCAGGUCAGGUCACCAGCUGACCCUUCACCUGUCAUCCCUCCUGCCCCACACACGACCCCUGACCUACAGGUUGCCACAUUUCCCAAGCAGCCGAUUGGUCAGGCCACAGUGAUGUUUGACUUCAUGGCGGUUGAGGAGAACGACCUGUCCGUCAUGCGCGGGGAGACGGUCACGCUACUGAACAUGGACGAUGCUGAUUGGGUGUUCGCUCGCACGGACGACGGAGCAGAGGGAUUCAUCCCUCGCAACUUCUGUUCUCCCUGUCAAACCCAGACUACAGGUGCAAAUGUCUCCAACACCAGCUCCCUCCAGAUCACCAUGGCAACCCGAGAUGCCACCUUCCUGACCAAUGGGACUCAGGACUCCUCCUGGGCUGUGGACACCAUCUAUGAGGAGGAGGAGGAGGACAUGGGGGAGGGGAGGGACGCCAUGGCAACCGUCUCCGUGGAGAUCCAGAAACUGAUUGCCAGUGCCCUGGAGGAGACAGAUCAGAUGGCAUCUGUGUCAAAGUUCACACAUCCCAUCUCCGCGACCCCUCACCUCGGUACGGCGGGACUCGCUAAGACGAAGGCUGCGGUUUCCAUGGGAACCAGUUCCCUCAUGAACGACAUGGAGACCACCGCUCACACAAGCUUCCUGUCCUCGAUUGACCUCCUCGACCUGACCCAAGAUGACCCCCUGCACUGCUACCAGCCGGCCAAUGAGGGCCCGGCAGACAGCAGCAGCCUCCCGACGACAGGCGCAGACGAGACGGCGGACAGCGUGGCGACCUCGGAGUCAGCCUGGCCAGACGAAGACUUGCGUGCGCUGGUGAAACAGACACACAAGUUCCUGGUGUUGUAUGAUUUUGCAGCACAGGCAGUGGAUGAGGUGACAGUCUCAGCGGGAGAGCUUGUGUAUGUCAAUGCAGACAAACAGCAGGAAGAUGAUUGGCUCUGGGUGUAUGUGCCCUCGUCUGGCGACAGCGGGUACAUUCCGCAGGCCUUCACGCGACCAAUCGUGCUCUUCGACCUCAAGUAGUUGCCAUGGAGAUGAUGAGGCUAACAAACGCACAGGAAUCAAGAUCGAUAAGAUCGACACACAGUAUUAUUCUUGAACUAGUUUAACAGUAAUAACCAACACAAAACUCACACAAACUUACGACUGAACAGCACCAGUCUUUGUCAAGGAAUGAACAAUCCACUGGUGCCAUGACAUCAUGUAUGCAGAUAGAACACAUGACUCAGUGAGAAGUGGAUCAUAAGUUGCAGGAAGUCUAUGGCUCCUACCGUCUCUGUUGUAAAGCUCUGAUGUAGAUGGCUUUUUUAUAAUUAAUCCCUCUAGCAAAAACGUCUGGAUGUAUGUCCAAGAUUUUAACUUUGUCCAGUGAGACCGAAUGACCUGGUGACUAUACAUAUAUGUUGGGUAUUACAUUUAAGCAAGUUCAAGAAUGACUUCUACACACACACAGUAUUAUGUUGCCAUUAUUGUAAUGUUGACUUUUUCUAAAAUGUUGUUUUUGUUGCUGUUGUGGAACAACUAGAGAAACAGCACUAGACUAGCGUGUACAAACAGACAAUCAGCAUUUUCUUUUUUGUUGAACUUUUUGUUACAUCUUUGCAAAAAGAUGCCCAAGUCAUGUAAUAUUUUUAAACAUAACGCAAGGAUGGGGAUAACCUUGGGAUAACAUGAUGAGGAUAGCAUAAGAUCUGAACAUCGUGUAUUUUACUUUUAUCAGUAUUACUAGACAUACUACCAGAAUUGUCAACUUAAUGUCAGGUAUUUCAGUCAUUACCUCUUUAUACUUGUACAUAUUAAGUCAACUUUUUUUUUUACUUCAUGCUGAGGGUUGAAUUUUAACUUUAAUAUAUCUAUAUAUCCUUAUAUUUCUAGCAUUCCCUUUUAGAAAAUAAGUUUUUAUGAGAGUUGCACAAUCAUGCAGGGCUUUAGCCAACUCGAAAUUUUUUUCCGUCAGCCAAUUACAAUCGUCGCGAAAACCGCGAAAAUUAAUUAGAAGGACUGAACUGAGACCUUGAAAAACGGGUUUUAAUGAGAUUAUCAUAUGCGAAAGUGCGCCGACACACAUU